CGGUUUCCCCUUCAACGAAUCUCCAGACAACUCUCAACUGUCAUGAAAGUUGUUCCCGUUCCCGUUCUCCAGGACAAUUAUGCGUAUCUCCUCAUAGACGAACCUUCAAACAAGGCAGCUGCUAUCGAUCCAUAUGACGUUGGUAAGGUAUCUGCAGCGGCAGACGCCCUUGGAGUUGAGAUUGUCGCGGCGAUAACCACACACCACCAUUUAGACCAUAGUGGAGGGAAUAAGGACUUUUCGACACGUUACCGCAACGCCGUAAUCUAUGGAGGCAGCGACGAAAUUCCCUCUUUAACGAACCUUGUGAAAGAUAAGGAUGAAUUCAAAAUCGGAGACAAUAUCCUCGUCAAAUGCCUCUCUACCCCCUGCCACACUCAAGACUCCAUAUGCUAUUAUGUGACUGAUGCUUUAAACAAAACGCAUCCUGGUGGGGUCUUUACGGGGGAUACACUUUUCAUCGCAGGAUGUGGGCGUUUCUUCGAGGGUACUGGUGGUGAGAUGAUCAAAGCGUUGAAUUACCUCACCAGCCUCCCAGAUGAAACCGUUGUUUACAAUGGGCAUGAGUACACAGCUGGCAAUCUUUCGUUUGGCAAACAUGUCGACCCUCACAAUGUUGGGUUGGACAAAUUGGCUGGUUUAGUGAAAGAGAAUGAGAUCACCACUGGCUUGACGACCAUCGGUGACGAGAAGACGUGGAACGUGUUCAUGCGCCUCAACAGCGAAGCCGUGAGGCAAGUGGUCCCCCAAAUUGUGGCAAACCAAUCCUCAAUGUCAACAGGCAAGCAACAUCUGCAUCAGGUCAUACUUCCGAGAGUGAAAUUAUGGACUCGUUGA